CGUUUAUGCUGUAAAGGGCGCAGUGACUGGUAAAUUGAAUUUGAAUCGUCGUGUUGCCUGUCGAUACCAAUCCACUUUCCGGAGACUCAGAGAAGGAGACUGAGCUUCUUUUGGACCUGUGAGGGGGUGCGCCUGUAAGAAAUGGCACCCCAUGAUAUCCGCCGUCCGUUCAAACGACCAGCAAUCUCCGAUCAGCAGAGGAGAAGAGAACUCUCCCUGCAACGCCAAGCACAGCAACGGCGCGACGCCCAACAACAGGUCCGCUGCUUGGCUUCUUCCGUGCUUUCCCUCCAAUUUCCAACUCACGAAACCGAACUCGAACCCCUACCCGAGUCCUUUCACGAACACGAAGCCCAACUGGGAACCAAACCCGAAGAGGAAUCCGAACCUCGAUCCGGGGACCUUGAUGUGCGCCAGGCUUCGAAGCUCAGAGGAGCUGAAGCCCGCAAGUGGUUCGCGAGGCAGCUGAUGCUACCUGAGUGGAUGAUCGAUGUCCCUGAUCGCUUGAGUGAGGACUGGUACGUAUUGGCGAGGCCUGCUGGGAAAAGAUGCUUCGUUGUUUCAUCAAACGGAACAACAGUGAGCAGGCUGAGAAAUGGCUCCAUUUUGCAUCAUUUCCCUUCUGCUUUACCUGCUGGUGCAAGGACACGAGACGUUUCUGGCUCUGUUCAGUCAUAUUGUAUAUUAGACUGCAUAUUUCACGAGUUGGAUCAGACAUACUAUGUAAUAGACAUGGUUUGCUGGCGCGGUUACUCUCUGUAUGACUGCACAGCUGAGUUCAGAUUUUUUUGGUUGAACUCCAAGCUUGCCGAGACUGGAGCUUGUGAUCCUCCAUCGCGUUAUCAUAAGUUUAGAUUCAGCACAAUUCCUGUGUACAACUGUGACCAGAGUGGUUUCUAUGAAGCAUAUACAGUAGCCGUGCCUUAUGUCAAAGAUGGCCUGUUGUUUUAUAACAAGCAUGCACAUUAUCAAAGUGGGAACACACCUCUAGUAUUAGUGUGGAAAGAUGAAAAUUGUAGUCAAUAUGUUAUUGACACAGAUAAUAAGGGACAGAUUCCUACCCAACAACAGGUAUCUUAA